AUGGCAGAACUUCACCCAAUUCUCGCUGCCCAAGAAGAUGGGGCACCUCUGGAACCACCACCAACUGAAGAUCCCCCAGAGCCAUUACCUAUUACCGAGCAAGAAGUUGGAGAGUACAGGGAACAGGAUCGGUUCCUACCUAUAGCAAAUGUGUCCCGAAUUAUGAAGUCUUCCGUCCCACCAACUGCAAAAAUAGCCAAGGACGCGAAAGAAUGCGUCCAAGAAUGCGUCUCAGAGUUUAUUUCCUUCAUCACGUCCGAGGCAGCGGAGAAAUGUCAAAUGGAGAAGAGGAAGACAAUUGGAGGGGAGGAUAUCCUGUACGCGAUGUCGACGCUGGGGUUCGAUAACUAUGCCGAGACGUUGAAGAUCCAUUUGGCGAAGUUGCGGCAAGUAUGUCGAUUUUUUUGGUUGUUGAAUGGUUGCUAA